AUGUAUUUCAAGGUAUGUAAACUACUUUUUGUUAUUAAUUAGGUAUUAGGCCUGGCAAAAUUACUGUAUUUUAACGUGUAGUAAGAGGCAAUAAAAUUAAACUUUUUUGAUUUUUUAAAUUUUUGAAGUUAUGAUGAAAUUUAGCUUUAAAUUUUACUUUUUUAGUUACUAAAGUACACCAAAGGCUACAUUAAAAAGCUCCGGCUUCAAAGCCAAAGCCUGGCUGAGAGUUUUGAGCUGAGCCAAGCUAAUCGAAUUGCUGAUGCCCUGAAGCCAAUGAUAAUAUUGUACAUUGUUUGUGCUGUGCUGAUUGCUCCAGGCGGAGUAUUUUGUUUUUAUUUGCUUUUUAUUGAGGAUACGCCAUACUCCAACAAACUUUACUUUGUUGGAAUGAGGGUAAGUUGGUUUUACUAAACUUUGUAUAUAUCAUCAUGGUAGGAUAUUACUGUGUUGUACUAUCAGGAUUUUCAAAUAAUUAUGUGCACCAUGUGAAAAAAAAAUUUUGGAGGUACGGGCACAGAAUUAUUUGAACAACCUAAUAGGACAAUACUGUGUUUUAGUAACCGGUUUAAUAUGACUGUGUUAAAGUAACUCACUCUACAGUAAAAACCCAUUUUUUGAUGUUACACUGAAAAUUGAAAGUAAUUUAUAGCUAAACUACUUUGGCUUGUCACUAUACACUCUCUUAUCACUAAUUUCUGCCAUGUAUAAGUUUGGAAUGCUUACAAAACGUGUUACUGAUUUUACACCAUCGGUUAUUCAGAUGGCCGAAGAACAAGACGGUCAUUUUAGCUACCUAACAGACUCAUGGAAGAUGGCUGAAGCUAAAGGUCAAAAAAGUCGUGUCACGAGUCCUACUGCUAAAUACUUCGUUCAGUAA